GACCGCGCUGUCCCGGUGCCGCUCCGCGCGCUUUGGCGUCGCUCCGUACCGCCGUACUCCGACGGGGACCCGGCGCCGAAGGGCCGGUGCUGCUGCCGCCGAACUCCGCGUGUUCGGCCCCGAAGGCGCCGUCCGAAUGCGGAAAUAUGGAUGCAGCGCGCUGCAGUGGGAAGAAACCGUGGUGGUCGAGCGCAGACCCGGCGAUGAGGAUGGAGAUCAAAUACGGAGCUGAUCCCACGUGCAGCAUCUGCAGCCCUCAGCUCGCCGGGGCGAUGUACCCACAUUUCAUCAGGCAGCAGCGGACGAGCCUGGAUGUUCUCAGAAACCGCAAACACGUCGGUCAGCCCAAACCCCUCCCUGCCCUCCCCUCACACAGAGACCCUGGCAGCUCCCUUGUUGCUGCCGUGCGUCCCACUUCUGCCCACGAGCCCAAUAUGAAGUCACAGUGCUGCUGCUCGUUGAGCAUCUUGGGUGGAAAAGGUCCACCUUUGGGAAGCUGUAUCCAUUUCCCUCCUGGGUGCAGCAGCACAGAAGCAGGGCAGGCACAAGGCCCUAUCACAGCAGCAGCCUGUUGUCAAAUCAUGUGCAAACAGAGACACCAGGACCUGGAGCAUAUGAUGUAGACCGGGGCUAUCGAGCCUGCUUACCCAGCUCCCCCAGCAUCACCAUCCAAGGAGUCAGGAGGCCCAAGAGACACGAAACCGGCCCCUUUACAACGUUCUGAGAUGGACUACAGAAUUCCACCCCUAACCACAGGGCUUGCUCCUCUCUUCAGUAGUAAAAAGAAAAAUGCAUGGAAGUUCA